AUCGUGAAAAUAUAGAUUCUAUUCAGUAGAAACAUAGAAUUAAAAUCUUAAAAUUAAGAUCGUAAGGACGUAGUAAAUUCGAAGCACAGGAGUAUGACUCCAACCUGAGUCUAGAGAGUAACCUGCGCCGCAUCAAGCAGGUCAGCAACCCUGCAGCAUCUGUCUCACUUUGCAUCUGUUUAUAAAAUGGGAGACGGCUCGACGCCUGCGGCACACACAUCCAGUCCAAAGCACACCAAUUGGAACAUGAUGGCAACGAGCAACGUUUCGCACCAAGCUGCGACACCGCCCGAGCCGCUCCGAGGCCGGGUGGCCAUCGUGACGGGCGGCUCCGGCGGCAUCGGCGCCGCGGUCACCGCGCACCUGGCGUCCCUCGGCGCCCGCGUCGUGGUCGGCUACGUCGGCGACCCGGCCCCCGCGGACCAGCUCGUCGCGGCGCUCAACUCGGGGUCCCGCCCUCCCGCGGCGCCGCCGCGCGCCGUCGCGGUGGACGCGGACGUGUCCGACCCGGCGCAGGUGGCGCGCCUGUUCGACGCGGCGGAGGCGGCGUUCGGGCCAGACCUGCACGUCCUAGUGGCCGCCGCGGGGGUGCAGGACGCGGCGUACCCGCGCAUCGCCGACACCACCCCCGAGCAGUGGGACGCCGCGUUCGGCGUGAACGCGCGCGGCGCCUUCCUGUGCUGCCGCGAGGCGGCGCGGCGGCUGGUCCGCGGCGGCGGCGGCCGCAUCGUGACCUUCUCGUCGUCCAACGUGGGGUCGCUGCGCCCGGGGUACGGCGCGUACGUGGCGACCAAGGCGGCCGUGGAGGCCAUGACCAAGGUGCUGGCAAAGGAGCUCGCCGGGACGGGGAUCACGGCCAACAGCGUCGCGCCGGGGCCGAUCGCCACGCCCAUGUUCUACGCGGGGAAGACGGAGGAGCGCGUGGCGGCCGCCGCGCGGGAGUGCCCCAUGGGGAGGAUCGGCGAGCCGGAGGACGUGGCGCCGGUGGUGGGCUUCCUGUGCACCGACGAAGCCGGGUGGAUCAACGGGCAGGUCAUUCGUGUCAACGGUGGCUACGUGUAGAGACAUCAGACACGAACACACGAUGCGGAAGUGUGGACGAUAGGACUCAAGGUCAUUCGUGUCAUUGCGCAACGCUGCACUGGCCUUCAAUUCAGCGCCUCCCAAAGAAUAACUAUGCAGCCAGCUUCUUCUCCACAAACCAGUUGGAGUAGAAUAAGCUAUUUGUUUACCCCUCCAAUUCUCCAAAUAACCUAUCAUUGUAACUUGAUACGAUUUUUUUGUUCCUCGUCCGAGCUCUCAUAAACUUGGGCUUUUA